AUAGCUAUGUCAAACGACGCGUCGUCCGCCUCCGACGUUCGUCCGAGUUGUCGGAAAAGUGUACAUUAAAGAUAAUCGGGAGUAUGUUGCGUGUUCUUGUUCGAAAAAAGUGUUUCCGUGGAUUUAUCGUGCAAUCAUGUUUGUAUCGCGCACGAAUCUACAUUACGCGUUCGACGAAACGCCCAUUUACGUAAAGAGGAGAACUCGAGAGAAUGCGACGGUCGCUAUGACGGCGAAUCGCUUCGUCGUGUUUCUCAUUUUCGCGUCAGGUGUUGCGGUUGCGGUAAUCGGCACUUUCUUGUCUCGAUACAUCAAAGAUUUGUCGACGAACAUGCCCGAACAUCUAGAUUACCGCCACGUAUUUAUUCCACUUCCCUCUGAAGGAACAUUGAACGUCUACGAGGAGGGCACCCUGGACAUAGCAUUACCGGGUUCUCAAUCAGACGCUCGGUUGGAGGUUCAAAGCAGAGCAGCAUCCACUGCUGAAGCAUUAACCUCCCUGCACUUGGCAUUAGAAAUGAAGCUCUCCGGAAAGCAAAAGAAGGCUGUAAAAUUAUUCCAGCAUGCUGUUGCGUUAGCCCCUCGUCAUCCGGAUGUUCUCAACCAUUACGGGGAGUUCCUGGAAUACACUCAAAACAAUAUCAUCAAAGCAAAUGAGUAUUACGUACGCGCGUUGAGUUACCAACCGAAUCACGAAGGAGCUUUAAUGAAUAGUCAGAGAACAGCUCGCGUCGUCGAGGAGCUGGAUCAAAGAAUGCUUAGGCGUAUAGACGAGAAGCGAAACUCGCUUUCCGCGAUACCGGACAACAACGUGGCGUUAAUACGCGCCAAGAAAGAGGCGUACUUUCAACAUAUUUAUCACACGGUUGGCAUAGAAGGAAAUACGAUGAAUUUAGCUCAGACUAGAGCGAUAGUCGAAACGCGAACCGCGGUGGGUGGCAAGAGCAUCGACGAGCACAACGAGAUUCUGGGAUUGGACGCUGCUAUGAAGUACAUAAACGCGACGUUGGUGAACAGAGUCGGUUCUAUUUCUAUAAAAGACAUAUUGGAGAUACACAAACGCGUGUUGGGACACGUAGAUCCCGUCCAAGGUGGUCAGUUUCGACGCACUCAAGUCUACGUGGGUGGACACGUGCCUCCUGGUCCCGGGGACAUACACUAUCUCAUGGAGGAGUUCGCGCUGUGGUUGAACAGCGAAAGAGCUAUUCGGAUGCAUCCUGUCAGGUACGCGGCACUGGCGCAUUACAAGUUGGUACAUAUACAUCCGUUCUCCGACGGAAACGGUAGAACGUCUCGUUUGCUCAUGAACAUGAUCCUCAUGCAGGCCGGUUAUCCACCCGUUAUUAUUCACAAGCAGCAUCGGCACACCUACUACGAGAAUCUACAAAUAGCGAACACGAGGGACGUUCGACCGUUCGUUAGAUUCAUAGCAGAGUGUACGGAGCAAACGCUAGACCUGUUCUUGUGGGCGACCAGCGAGUAUUCCAGACAAGUUCCCGCGCUCAGUCAAGAAACCUUGUUCACCGAGGAGCAAAAGACUAUCGCUUUGGAAGAAGCCGGUGACAUCAUCGAUACUUUCGACGAUGACUGAGUAUCGAUGAUCUAACGCGAUAUUCAAAAGUAUUUUACAGACCAAAGAACAGUAGCGUAAGUCGUAUAUCCAUCCAUCCAUUCUUGCCCCUAUCGGUUACAUCGAUCGAGCACGCGUCUAGCGAUUCGUUUUAGUGAUCGCGCAGUGGUUGCGUGGGAAUGGACGAAUGGAAUAGGCCGUGUCGAGUUUGUAUCGUUCACCGUCAUAUAUUUAUUUCUAUUAUUUCUGUCAGGUCGGGUAAAGGCCAAGAAACCGCUCUCACGAAAAGCGCAAUUUCCAGUUUAGACCAUUUUGAUUUCAACAGUACCUUUAGCGACGAAUAGCCUGGUACAAAAAUGCUUCCACUAGACUUUCCGUUGCAUUCUAUCGUAUACAUUAGAGACACUACGAAAUACAGUGUGAAACUCAAUCGAGAAGACUGUGAUCUAACAUAAGAAUAUAUAUAAGUAUACGUAUAACGGAUGAAUUUUCAACGCGGGUAUAUUAUCAUGUUUAAAUUUAUGGUGCAACGCGCAAUCGUUUACUUGCUGGUCAAGUUAUUUGCGAUGUACAGAAUUGUAAAUACAUACGCGGCUUUUAAUAAAUAUAUUAUUUUGGAAAUCAUUGUUUGUGUAUUUUUUUUACGGCCUUCCUCCAUUACAAAUCUUCAGAAAUACACCUGUUGGUACGUUAAACGGACCUGCCAUUUCUUAUCCUUUAAAACGUUUGUCAUAUAUUUAUUUACUUAUUUAUUUGUUAAGCGACAAAGUAAGACUUUCUGUAAUUACGCGCGAGAGAGAGAGAAAAAGUGUAAAUUUUGGGAAACGACAAAACGCGUUGCCAUUGCCAUGCGUCUCGUUUCUUCGCAUCGUUUUUUUCUCCGUAACUAUUUUUCUUAUCAAAAAUAAUAACGGUAUCGACGUUUUCGAACGUCAAGCUACACGCGACGCGUACCGUUGUUCACCGGAUAAGUUUAUUAGUAUAAAUGCGUCGUUUGCCUGUUGGUUUUCAACCGUUCCUAUUCGACCAGGUUCGAAGUCGAUCAAGCUAAAAUAAUAAUAAUAAGACAAAAAGAAUACUGAAGAACUCACAGUUUCUACGAAACUUUAAUUUUUACGUUUUAAAACAUUAUCGACGCUUUGUCAGAGAAUGAAACGAUACAGAGGCGAUUCGCACCAUUUCCAAGCGCGUUCGAUUUCGAUAUACGUAUCACGAGUGAACAGAAACUUUGCGUUCGUUACGCUAAAACGUGCAAAUUUCUCUCUUUUUUUGUUUCUACGCGGUAUAACGACGCGCCGGUUAUCUAUAUAAAUACACUUCUAUAAAAAUCAUAUUUUGCCAACAACGUAAGUUGACGAUAUAUCGUUUUAGAUUUUCUCGCACUCGUUCUCUCUCAUUCACUCACUCAUACGUUUACUCACGCUCCCCUCCUCUGCCCCGAUUCGUACACGAUCUCAUGGAUCGGUCGAAUCGGUAUUCACGAGACGCUCGAUACGACUGUUUGUCGUAGAAAGACCAUUAACAGACGUUACGAGUGUUUAAACCCGCGUGCACACCAAACCGCCAAGGCAACCGAACGCACAUGUGCUCGAACGUUGGCGAACGUUGGCGCACUCGAGACUCGAGCACCUGUGCCUUUGAUGGCCGUGGUUCUUUGGUCUAUACGCAGCUCAAUGCGACGCGUAACCAGAGUGCAACAAAUCGCUACAGGAUUGCGCCUGCUCGUAGGAUUCUCAGUAACAUUCGCGCAGACAUCGCACCCUUGCGACAGUGAAAAAGUACAAACAAAAUGAAACGAUAAGAAAAAUAAACUGCUCGACGGUGAGUCGUCAGCAGAAUUUCGUGAUAAAGAAACAAAAAAAAAAAAGAAAAAAAGAAA